AUGCCGAUAACAGAAGCUGACAAAGCCAAAGCAGAGCUGCUUUUCUUUACGGCUCAGGAAGCUAUGAUGGACGGCGACUUGGAAAAGGCCGAAGAAAACUUAGUGAAAGCAAAUGAAUUAUGUCGAAAUGAAUAUGUCGAAGGCAUCAUUGCGAUAAUACGUAAACGACGUAAUAGUGACGUUCCUAAUGCUGAACCUCCCGAAUAUACCAACGAGCAGUUGGAAGCUGCUAAUAGAGUGAACAACAGCAACGAUUAUUAUGAAGUUUUAGGCGUUGACAAGACAGCUACGGACGCCGAAAUUAAGAAUGCCUAUAAGAAACUGGCUUUACAAUUGCAUCCAGAUAAAAAUCGUGCCCCUGGCUCUCCUGAAGCUUUUCAUUUACUGUGCUAUGCUGCUAAUAUCCUAGGAGAUCCGGAAAAACGUAAACUAUACGAUGCACGGAGAAAGCAAGAAGAUCUAGAAUAUCCGGAAAAACGUAAACUAUGCGAUGCACAGAGAAAGCAAGAAGAUCUAGGAGAUCCGGAAAAACCUAAAAUAAACGAUGCACGGAAAAAGCAAGAAGAUCCGAAAAAACGUAAACUAAACGAUGCACAGAGAAAGCAAGAAGAUCUAGGAGAUCCGGAAAAACGUAAACUAUGCCAUGCACAGAAAAAGCAAGAAGAUCUAGCAGAUCCGGAAAAACUUAAACUAUGCGAUGCACAGAGAAAGCAAGAAGAUCUAGGAGAUCCGGAAAAACGUAAACCAAACGAUGCACGGAGAAAGCAAGAAGAUCUAGGAGAUCCGAAAAAACGUAAACUAAACGAUGCACGGAGAAAGCAAGAAGAUCUAGGAGAUCCGGAAAAACGUAAACUAUGCCAUGCUCAGAGAAAGCAAGAAGAUCUAGGAGAUCCGGAAAAACGUAAACUAUGCGAUGCACAGAGAAAGCAUGAAGAUCUAGGAGAUCCGGAAAACCCUAAAAUAAACGAUGCACGGAAAAAGCUAGAAGAUCUAGGAGAUCCGAAAAAACGUAAACUAAACGAUGCACAUAGAAAGCAAGAAGAUCUAGGAGAUCCGGAAAAACGUAAACUAUGCCAUGCAAAGAAAAAGCAAGAAGAUCUAGGAGAUCCGGAAAAACGUAAACUAUGCGAUGCACAGAGAAAGCAAGAAGAUCUAGGAGAUCUGGAAAAACGUAAACUAUGCGAUGCACAGAGAAAGCAAGACGAUCUAGGAGAUCCGGAAAAAAGUAAACUAUGCGAUGCACAGGGAAAGCAAGAAUAUCUAGGAGAUCCGGAAAAACGUGAACUAUACGAUGCACAGAAAAACCAAGAAGAUCUAGGAGAUCAGGAAAAACGUAAACUAUACGAUGCACAGAGAAAGCAAGAAUAUCUACGAGAUCUGGAAAAACGUAAACUAUACGAUGCACAGAGAAAGCGAGAAGAUCUAGGAGAUCCGGAAAAACGUAAACUAUGCGAUGCACAGAGAAAGCAAGAAGAUCUAGGAGAUCCGAAAAAACGUAAACUAAACGAUGCACAGAGAAAGCAAGACGAUCUAGGAGAUCCGGAAAAACGUAAACUAUGCGAUGCACAGGGAAAGCAAGAAGAUCUAGGAGAUCCGGAAAAACGUGAACUAUACGAUGCACAGAAAAACCAAGAAGAUCUAGUAGAUCCGGAAAAAGGUAAACUAUGCGAUGCACAGAGAAAGCAAGAAGAUCUAGUAGAUCCGGAAAAACGUAAACUAUACGAUUCACAGAGAAAGCAAGAAGAUCUAGGAGAUCCGGAAAAACUUAAACUACGCGAUGCACAGAGAAAGCAAGAAGAUCUGGGAGAUCCGGAAAAACGUGAACUAUACGAUGCACAGAAAAACCAAGAAGAUCUAGUAGAUCCGGAAAAAGGUAAACUAUGCUAUGCACAGAGAAAGCAAGAAGAUCUAGGAGAUCCGGAAAAACGUAAACUACGCGAUGCACAGAGAAAGCAAGAAGAUCUUGUAGAUCAGGAAAAACGUAAACUAUACGAUGCACAGAGAAAGCAAGAAUAUCUACGAGAUCUGGAAAAACGUAAACUAUACGAUGCACAGAGAAAGCAAGAAUAUCUACGAGAUCUGGAAAAACGUAAACUAUACGAUGCACAGAGAAAGCGAGAAGAUCUAGGAGAUCCGGAAAGACGUAAACUAUAUGAUGCACAUAGAAAGCAAGACGAUCUAGGAGAUCCGGAAAAACGUCAACUAAACGAUGCACAUAGAAAGCAAGACGAUCUAGGAGAUCCGGAAAAACGUCAACUAAACGAUGCACAGAGAAAGCAAGGAGAUCCGGAAAAAUCAGAUAGUCUUAUGUCCAAUCCUUGGGUGUGGUUAGGAGGAGGAUCGAUUAUUUUCCUAUCAGUCGGUUAUCUAUUGAUGCGUUCAUUCGGAUCGAACCCAGCCGAAGGAUAUCGUUCUAACCGGGCUGGAGCAGGAAGUAACAACAAAUAA